GUUUCAAAACAUUCUCAAUCAACCACGGUAAUGGGGGCUAAGUUUGCAGAAGCAAAAGUAUCAGCUGUUGUCCUCACUGGCCUUGUUGCUCUUGCAACACUUGUCAGCUGCAACACUGAAGGUGACAUACUGUAUAAGCAAAAGGUAGCUUGGGAGGACCCUGAAAAUGUGCUGCAAACAUGGGAUCCAACCCUUCACAAUCCCUGCACCUGGAUGCAUAUUACCUGCAACAAUGAUAACUCCGUUAUCCGUGUGGAUUUGUUGAAUGUACUCAUCUCAGGGCCUCUGAUUCCUCAAUUGGGAGGACUGAAAAAUCUCCAGUACCUUCAGUUGUAUGGGAGUCGCCUAAAUGGAUCAAUACCAGCAACACUGGGGAAGCUGAAACAUCUUGUGAGCCUUGAUCUUUCGAACAACCUGCUCACUGGCGCGAUACCACCUUCGCUUGGCGCCAUCAGCAAUUUGCUAAUUCUGAGGUUAUCUGGGAACAACCUGACAGGGGCUAUACCCCCAUCAUUGGGCAAUCUGAAGAGCCUUGAGAUCUUGGAGCUUGGCAAUAAUGCACUGAGUGGCUCUAUUCCAGCUUCUCUCGGCGAUAUUGAAACAUUGAAUUACUUAGAUUUGAAUGACAAUAUGCUGACUGGCACCGUGCCAUUGGAAAUCCUUUCUCGUCUUGUCACCACCUUGGAUGAACUGUGA